CAUGAAGUGCCAUUCUAUACUGUUAGUUUCCAUUAUAAAACGAUACGUAAACAAAACCAUUCUGUUCACUCGCAUGGAUUUCGUGCUUGGUGUGGCCUCGCUUUUCGAAUAAACAAAAAUAUUUAGGCUUUCAACCAUUCAUUUUUGAACUACUUGAAUGAAACGUAGUGAAAAGAGAUCUACUCAUAAGAAAUGCAUCAAGAAAGAAUGGAUAUUAGAUGGAUUUUCCUGAUGAAAUUGAUUCUUAAAAUUGGUGGAGGAGAAAUGAAGACAUCAGGUAGGUGAACUUUUGAGCAAAUUGGCCGGUUAGGAGCUCCGCAAUUAAGAAAUUUCGAUGGGCGAAAAGGAAGAAAACGAAAAAAUAAUGAAACGAUGAUGCCGUUCGUCAGCGCCUUGGGUGGCCGACAGGAUAGAGGACUGUACGUUCAACAUUCAGUUAAAAACUGGUCGAUGCCUAUAAAUUUCUCGGAAACUCCGAAUAGGGAAGUCGAAGACGAAAGGGCGGGAACGACUUUGAUCUCCGAUGAUGGAGAAGUCAGAUAUUCGAAAAGGGAGGAAAAUGGUUGGUUUUCCGAGAAAAUUCACGGUUACUAA